UUACACUCAAAAUAAUGAAAAUUUUAACAACUCGUUUGACCACAGUCAGCACAGUAUUCAUCUCAUUCGGCGCCAUUUUGGUUGCCGGGUUAUCAGCUAAGGAGAUGAGUGCACUCAAGCACUUCCUUGAAAGUAUCGAGACCGUUGGCACGACAGAAACGGGCCCGACGAAGGAAGAAAUAACUCAUGAUUUGGCUGUCGGUCUGGGCCUAAAAAACUCCGCCGGUCUGCUGUACAAGUACUCACCUGACGCCAAAAUCGCUUACAGUACGAUGUACGACUCGCUUCUGUUUCUUUCAGUCAGUGGGGUUUCGGACUUGGUUCAGAAAAAACAGCUCGCCAAAGUCAUUAAAUACUUUGAAAUCUCGCUUAUCGACUAAACAGGCAAAAGUAAAAUAAAAAACAUCUUUUUG